GUGAACCUUCAACUCAGAUCGCCGCGCAUGUGCCAGGUCAACGUCAGGGUAAAUGCGCGUGUUGUGCAAUUCGAAUCGUGAAGGAGCGGCCAAAGGCACCGUUCUUUAACGCUGGAUCCGGGAAUAAAUGGCGCGAUGAGGCACUUGGUCGCGCAAGAGCUUUUGCGGUCCGCUCCCGAGGCCUUGAAACUUAGUUUCUUAUAGACGUCGUCGACCUGUUGCUUGCCUUGUUUGUACUUUGUGCAUAGACUCUGUCUCUUUCGAUCUUUCUGAUCACUAUGAGUGUGUUUUCGGGUGCAAGAGAAUGGGACCUCGAUAUCGAUCGCUACCUUAAUCGUGUUAUUCCUCCUUCGCCGCUGUACAAGCUUCCGACGUCGAUAUCAAGGUUCCUCGGUUACAGAAAAGAAUCGCGACAGGAUGUUGGGAACAUACUUGGAGCGUUCUGGUCGUUGCUGGGCGCAUUCUGUGGUCUGGCGGUUGUAGCAGCAGUCUUCAACAAUACGGAUAGUAUACAAUGGCAUCAGCCACCAGCGUUGAUCGCUUCAUUUGGUGCCUCUGCAAUUCUCGAGUACAACUCUAUACGUUCACCUCUCGGCCAACCCCGCAAUGCCCUGCUAGGCCACGGCAUCUCCGCGCUUAUUGGCGUCGGGGUAUCGAAGUUGUUUCAAUACCAUCCAGAGUACGAGUCAAUAAAAUGGAUCGCGGGUGCCAUAGCAUGCGGCUGCGCGUCUGCUGUCAUGCUUUUGACCAACACCGUACAUCCUCCAGGUGGCGCAUCCGCAGUGCUCGCCGCCACAGACCCGGUCAUUACGGCCAUGGGUUGGUAUUUUGUCGGGCUUGUUCUCUGGGGCGCCACCCUUAUGGUUUCAGUCGGGCUGAUCAUCAACAACAUUCAGAGGCAGUUUCCAAUAUAUUGGUGGACCCCUGUGGAUUUACGCAAAGCGAAGAUUGAAGACGAAGAGGUAGUGCCAGACGGGAGAGGCGGAUUGGAACCAAAGAAGAGUGCGGAGGAACAACGUUACGACCAAACAGGGGAUAUAAUAGAAAUCAACGGUGCAGAAGUCGUACUACCCGACGAUAUAAGUCUGAAUGGGGAAGAGACAAGGGUAUUAGAGAAGCUACGAGAGAGGUUACGAAAGAGAGUAGACGUUAGGAGAGAAGGAGGGGACAUGGAGACAAAAGAGGCAGACAGUGGAAGGAGUAGUGCUGAGUUCACUAUGGUUCCGAGUAAUAGUGGGAGCAGUCAGGCUGGUAUAUAG